CAACCUCAUAACAAGCUAGACCGUGGCUGGCCACUAGACAUGUCAACAUGUCAACAUUGGAACACUAAUUGCUCCAACCAGGGGUGAAUUUUUAAUCCGCCCCCCACUUGAACUUUUAGUUAACUUAGGUAAAAAACGACCCGUCCAAAGCAUCAACAGAAACUCCUUUUGACUCGAUCUCAACUCCUACAUACAUCUCAUCCACUCACAUAUCCUGCAAAGGGGCUAUUUUUCAACCUGCCCACUCCCGAUUCCUGUUCUCUCGUUUCCCUUUAGUACAGAUUUUCCAUUGUAUCUGCCUUCAAGAUGCGUGAGAUCAUUAGCAUCAACGUCGGCCAGGCAGGUUGCCAAAUCGCCAACGCUUGCUGGGAGCUUUACUGCCUCGAGCACGGUAUUCAGCCCGAUGGAUACCUGACCGAAGAGCGCAAGAAGGCGGACCCCGACCAGGGAUUCAGCACUUUCUUCUCUGAGACUGGUCAGGGCAAAUAUGUUCCUCGCACUAUCUACUGCGAUCUCGAGCCCAACGUCGUCGAUGAGGUUCGAACUGGUACCUACCGCAGCCUUUUUCACCCCGAGCAGAUGAUCACAGGCAAGGAGGAUGCGUCCAACAACUACGCUCGUGGUCACUACACUGUGGGCAAGGAGCUCAUCGACCAGGUUUUGGACAGAGUGCGACGUGUUGCCGAUAGCUGCGCUGGUCUCCAAGGUUUCUUGGUCUUCCACUCCUUUGGCGGUGGUACUGGCUCUGGUUUCGGUGCCUUGUUGAUGGAGCGUCUGUCGGUCGACUAUGGUAAGAAGAGCAAGCUGGAGUUUUGCAUCUACCCUGCUCCUCAAACCGCUACUUCGGUCGUCGAGCCAUACAACUCUAUCCUUACCACACACACCACCCUCGAGCACUCCGACUGCUCCUUCAUGGUCGACAACGAAGCUAUCUACGAUAUCUGCCGCCGAAAUCUUGGCUUGGAGCGUCCCAACUUCGAGAACCUGAACCGCUUAAUCGCCCAAGUUGUGUCUUCUAUCACGGCCUCUCUUCGAUUCGAUGGCUCUCUCAACGUCGAUCUUAACGAGUUCCAGACCAAUCUGGUGCCGUACCCUCGUAUUCACUUCCCUCUGGUUGCUUACGCUCCAGUCAUUUCGGCUGCCAAGGCCGCCCACGAGGCCAACUCUGUUCAAGAGAUGACCAUGUCAUGCUUUGAGCCGUACAACCAGAUGGUCAAGUGUGAUCCCCGUAAUGGAAAAUACAUGGCUACUUGCCUGCUGUACCGAGGAGAUGUCGUUCCUAAGGACGCUCACGGAGCUGUGGCUACGCUUAAGACCAAGCGCACUAUUCAAUUCGUCGACUGGUGCCCAACUGGAUUCAAGCUUGGUAUCUGCUUCCAGCCUCCCCAGUUCGUUCCCGACGGUGACUUGGCCAAGGUCAACCGUGCCGUCUGCAUGCUUUCCAAUACGACGGCUAUUGCUGAGGCUUGGUCAGCUUUGUCUACCAAGUUCGACCUCAUGUAUUCCAAGCGCGCUUUCGUCCACUGGUAUGUUGGUGAGGGUAUGGAAGAAGGCGAAUUCUCGGAGGCGCGUGAGGAUUUGGCAGCGCUAGAGCGCGACUACGAGGAAGUUGCCACCGAUUCCGUAGACGCUGAGGGAGAUGCUGAUGCUGAGUACUAAAUUUGAGGUUACUCAUGCUACGUGUCACGACUAAAGGGCAUCUAAUAUUCUACUCCCUCCGUUGUGUCUGACCGAGGCCUGCCGCAAUAGUACCCUAUUAUACUGAAAGCUUAUGAGGAGUGCCGGUUAUACUUGUGUGGCGGAGAAACGUGGUCCUGUCCGUAGGAAUAGUAGUGGAGAGACAGCAGGGAGGCCUUUAAUUCGAUUGUGAGCCUGAUAGCAAGAUUAGUAUACACUUUGUACAUCCGUCCUACAACUUUUAAUAGCAAAAAGUUCACUCGGGCAUUCCCCCAAGUGCCUUCGAUACCAAAAUGAGAAAAAUACGUGAUUAAUUUUCAUCA